AGUGGAUGUCCAACCUGACAUCACACCUGAUGUCCCGGUGGAUGUCCAGCCUGAUAUCAUACCUAAUUUCCUGGCGGAUGUCCGGUAUGAGCCGACGAGCGACCCCUCGCCUCUGGCCCUCAUCAAGUUCCGCAUCCAGCAGCUUCACAACAGGCGCUUCAUGCUGGAGAAGAUACACGACUUCAUCAAGAAAGCCCAGGAAAGGAGGCUCGCUGAAGGGGGAACAGAGGAAGGUGAGUCUGUCCUUUCAAAAACAAAAAAAAAUGAUGCAAAUAAAAGAGUAGAUUUUUUGCGAGCUUGGUGUAACUUUGUGCAAUGUUGCCAGUGACCGGUGAGGAAGACGACCAAAUGCAUGAGCUGGAGGCCAUUGACAAGGAGCUGGCGGAGCUGCAGCUUAGAAAGGCAGAGCUGGAGCUCGAGGAGCAGGGAGAGAGGUCCAAGCUCGGAAACAACAGAGAUCACGAGGCAGACCUCACGUGGUUUGAAAGUGAGGCACCCAGAGGGGGGAUUUACAUGCUGCCGCAUGUCAACAUUGACGAACCACCUGAACCUCAAAUCCCACCACAACCACUGAUUGCAAUGGAGGAUCUGGCUGAAACCCCGGGGUACACCCAGUGCCCAACCUGUGAGGAAUACGUCGUCACGAACACCAGGAAGAAAGUGGGCGAGUUAGCAUGGAUACUGUGCUGCCUGUGCUCCAUGUUUGGGGGCGUGGCAGGCUGCUGUUUAAUACCUUUCUACAUGGACAGCACGAAGAACUUCCACCACCACUGUCCCCGGUGUCAGUCCCACAUUCACACCUACCGCCAGUGGUGACGCAGAGGCCACCGGGGCACCAGCAGCGGUUGGUGGUCUUUGGACCAGGAGCUGCUGUGGCACUGACCAGGAUGUACUGAGGUGGAGGGACCUGAGGCACAGGAGCCUGAACGGUUCAGAUCACAGGACUGACGGGAGGAAAUGUGCGAGGGUGACUCAAACGCACCAGAGCGAAGCGCAAAUCUGCCCCAACUGCUCACAACUACUAGUGUAUUGUAGGCAAAAUGCAAAUGUGUAAAAUAUAAAGACACCUCCUCAGUGCUUUGAGGAACACUUUAAUCCACUUUAACUGGCAAAUGUUCCUGGGUUCAACCACACACCCUAAAGGCUAAAGGCUCAGAUACUUCCAGUCAACACAAACUCUGUGGUGGUUGGCUGAUAAAUGCUCCUCUCUGUCAGUAUCUGCUCUUGUCAUUUUCCACACAUGCAAAUGCGAAUACAAAUACUAUUAUUCAAAUCGCAGUAACUGUCUCCCAUGCCCCGUGAUGUCUGUUUACGUGAGACGGGGGCAGCCGCUUAGAGACUGGAAGAAAUGGACCGGUGCUUCCACGCCGCCGGUCCUUCACCAAUAAUAGGACGCCCGCUGUGGAGCUUCCAGAAACAGGAGGAAAUAUUUGUGAAGAAAAUGGAAAUGCAUUCACGCACAUGCAAACACAGAGUCCAACAAUGAGUUGUUGUCAUACACUGGCAGCCACAGUGAUUCUUCUGGUUUUCUACUUGUAUUCAAUGUGCUUUUGUAAAAAAUAAAAAGUAAAACAGGAGAAGGGAAUAUUCCUCACAGUACACCACUUUUUAUUGACACAUAAAAGCAUACAGUACUUAUAUAUACACACAUCUUUUAUUUCGGAGGGGGGGUAUUUACAAAAAAAAGGGAGCCCGUGGAUGUUACACAUGUAUAAAAAUAUGCAUUACAUCUAUAUAAAUAUGUACACAAUGUGCAAAACGUAUGGCAUUACAAACAUCAAGAGGCAUGGCAUGGGUGGCCGAGGCGGAGGAGCGACGGGCUUCUUCUCCGCCAGAAACGUGACGACAAAACGCAGCAGGUGAAGGAGAACUAGACGGAGAGGUGCCACCUUCCACAGACCUCCACACAUCAGAGGGUUAUUAAAAGAUAAAAAAUAAACACACAGGGAUGUUUGGGUGAGGAUUAGGAGGAACACUUCUUUUUUUUUUUUUGUAUUACGGUGGCCCUACUCCUCUCCGGUAGAAGUGCUUUAGAGCUGUGUCACUCGGUAGUAAAGGCUCCCACAUGAGUUAAAUCAAGGCAGGAUCUGACAUACAGUACAGUACAUCGAAGGAGAGCAGCCAUUAUUGCUUUCCGCUGUCCUCGUCUGCCCGGUCAGCGAGCACGAUGGCCAACUGUGAGCGGUGUCACACCGAGCAUUAAAAUCACAUACAUAUGUGCAGCCAAGAGGUGGUGAAGUAUAAAAAAAACACAAACUAAAAACAACAACAACAACAAAAAAGAUGCACCAAAAAAUAUACACAUGAAGGAUUCUUUUACAGAAUUCACAAAACUUUUCACUUCUUUUACUUUUAACCCUAAAAAAAAGCGAUAAAUAUAAAAAACAAAACGUGAUAAUAAGUUCCUUUUUUUUUUUGUUUUUUUUUUGGCGACACAA